AUGGUUGGAAGAACAGCGAUUGGUAUCGACCUGGGUACCACCUAUUCUUGUGUGGGUAUCUGGCAACACGGAAAAGUAGAAGUCAUCGCAAACGAUCAAGGAAACAGGACCACCCCGAGUUAUGUGGCGUUCACCGACACCGAACGGUUGAUCGGCGACGCGGCCAAGAACCAAGUGGCAAUGAACCCCGUAAAUACGGUGUUCGACGCCAAGCGGUUGAUCGGUCGUCGAUUUGACGACGACAAGACGCAAGCGGACAUUAAACACUGGCCGUUCAAAGUGGUCGACGAUUUCGGUAAGCCCAAGAUCCAAGUAGAAUUCAAAGGUGAACGGAAGGUAUUCGCGCCGGAAGAAAUCAGUUCAAUGGUGUUGACGAAAAUGAAGGAGACCGCGGAAGCGUACCUGGGCCGUGCAGUGACGGACGCUGUGAUCACGGUGCCGGCGUACUUCAACGAUUCGCAGAGACAAGCUACCAAGGACGCGGGUGCCAUAGCUGGUCUGAACGUGAUGCGAAUAAUCAACGAACCGACAGCUGCGGCUUUGGCGUACGGUCUGGACAAGAACCUGAAAGGUGAGAGAAACGUGUUGAUUUUCGACCUGGGCGGUGGCACGUUCGACGUGUCCGUUCUACAGAUCGACGAGGGUUCGAUAUUCGAAGUGAAAUCGACGGCGGGUGACACGCACUUGGGCGGCGAGGACUUCGACAACCGGCUGGUGUCUCAUUUGGCAGAAGAGUUCAAAAGGAAAUCGAAAAAGGACGUGCACACCAAUCCGAGGGCGCUGAGACGGUUGAGGACGGCAGCGGAACGUGCCAAGAGGACCCUGUCGUCCAGUUCGGAGGCCACCAUAGAAAUCGACGCUCUGAUGGAAGGCAUCGAUUUCUACACCCGAGUGUCUCGAGCCCGUUUCGAGGAGCUGUGCGCAGAUCUGUUCAGAUCGACCCUGCAGCCAGUAGAGAAGGCAUUAACGGACGCCAAGUUGGACAAGGGAGACAUACACGACGUGGUGCUCGUGGGCGGUUCUACGAGGAUCCCGAAGAUCCAGAGUCUCCUGCAAAACUAUUUCUGCGGCAAGCCCCUGAACUUGUCCAUCAACCCCGACGAGGCAGUAGCUUACGGCGCCGCGGUACAGGCGGCCAUUCUCAGCGGUGACACGAGUUCUGCGAUUCAAGACGUGCUGCUCGUGGACGUCACUCCCCUGUCACUGGGCAUCGAGACUGCGGGCGGCGUGAUGACCAAAAUCGUCGAGCGUAAUUCAACCAUUCCGUGCAAACAAACUCAAACGUUCACCACGUACGCGGACAACCAACCGGCCGUCACCAUCCAGGUGUUCGAAGGGGAAAGGGCCAUGACCAAGGACAACAACCUGUUGGGCACAUUCGACCUGACCGGCAUACCUCCGGCUCCCAGAGGUACACCUAAGAUCGAGGUGACUUUCGAUAUGGACGCCAACGGUAUUUUGAACGUGUCGGCCAAGGACAACAGCUCUGGCCGCUCCAAGAACAUCGUCAUCAAGAAUGACAAGGGCCGCCUGUCCCAGGCCGAAAUCGAUCGUAUGCUCAGCGAGGCCGAACGGUACAAAGAAGAGGACGAACGACAAAAAGUUAAGAUCGCGGCCAAGAACCAGUUGGAGAGCUACGUGUAUGGUGUCAAACAAGCGUUGGACGACGCCGGCGACAAGCUGACCGAGUCCGAAAAGAACACCGGAAAACGGGAAUGCGACGCUGUCAUUCAGUGGUUGGACAACAAUCAGUUGGCAGACAAAGAAGAGUACGAGUACAAACUAAAGGAAAUCCAAAAGAGCUGCUCGGCUCUAAUGAUGAAGAUACACGGUGCAGGACAAGCCGGUGAUGCGUCUCAUCCCGGUGCUCAUGGUUUCCCUGGGCCCGGCUCGGGAGGACCUACCGUCGAAGAAGUCGAUUGA